AUGGACGACGAGAAGAGGUCUGCGACCAUCGCAGAAAAACAGUCAACUGACGCCCGGGAAAAUUCCCAGCUGAGGCGCCCAAGCCUCGGGUCUCGCAAGGGGACGUCCGCCGCUCCAUCGAUAGCCGCUGCGCCCUUCACAGGUCCUGACUGCUGUGACCUUGAACGGCCGCACAGCCAUCACAGUCAUGGAGUUCUUAACAAGGACAACUGCACCUCUCGACCAAGAUCGUCCUCAUCUUCGAGCUCGGUGCCGACGUUAAACCAAGUUCCGAGUAACCUGGCCACAGCCAGCCGAGUCUCAACCGAUGCCUAUGGCAAUACCUACCCCGAAGGAGGGAAGGAGGCGUGGCUCUGCGUCUUGGGUUCGUUCUGCGGGCUGAUGGCUGCGUUAGGAAUGAUGAACACGCUGGGAACCUAUCAAGCUUAUCUCUCAACACAUCAGCUUCAGUCGGAAAACGAGAGCACGGUUGGCUGGAUCUUCGGCAUCUAUGCGUUCCUCUCUUUCUUCUUUGGUGUACAGAUUGGUCCAAUCUUCGAUGCGAAAGGUCCGCGAUGGCUUGUCCUCGCCGGGUCCGUCCUCAUGCUCGCCUCGCAACUCGUCAUGGGCGUUUGCACUGAGUACUGGCAUUUCUUGGUCGUCAUUGGUGUGAUGGGCGGGACAGGGACAUCCUUGGUCUUCACGCCCGCCAUUGCUGCACUCGGUCAUUUCUUCCUGCGCAAACGCGGCCAAGCAACUGGUUUAGCUGCCGCUGGUGGCUCGAUGGGCGGAAUUGUCUUCCCCUUGACUCUGCAGGCAUUAUUCCCCAAGAUUGGAUGGGCGUGGUCGACUCGCGUUUGUGCCUUGAUCAACUUGGUUCUGCUCAUUGUUGCAAACCUGUUCAUCAGAUCGAGGCUCCCACCUCGAAAGGCCACAAAGGAGAACAUCUUGCCCGACUUCCGCAUCUUCAGGGAUCCCGUCUUCGCACUUACCACGGCUGGUGUCUUCUUCGUCGAGUGGGGCCUCUUUGUUCCUCUUACUUAUCUUUCCAGCUACGCACUGCGCAAUGGCGUUUCAUCAUCCUUCUCCUAUCAGAUCAUUGCCAUCUUGAACGUCGGAUCUUGCUUCGGACGCUACUUCCCCGGGUUUGUGGCGGACAAGGUCGGCCGUUUCAAUGCCCUGGUGGUCACGAUUGCUUUAUGCCUUGUGUCGACUUUGGCAUUCUGGCUCCCUGCCGGGGGCAACAUCGCAUUGAUCAUAGUCUAUGCCCUCGUCUUCGGUUUCGCGUCCGGGUCUGGCAUCUCAUUGACGCCGGUCUGCGUGGGACAACUCUGUAGAGUUGAGAACUACGGCCGUUACUACGCGACCUGCUAUACACUGGUGAGCUUUGGGAGCCUGACGGGCAUUCCAAUUGCCGGUCAGCUCGUUACCGCGUGUAACGGGGAAUACUGGGGUCUGAUUGUCUUUACAAGUUGCAGUUAUGCGGCUAGUUGCGUUUUGUUGAGCGCGGCUCGCAUCGUGGGCGCAGGAUGGAAAUUGAAAGUGGCUUAUUGA